CACUCACACACUCACACACACACACGCAAGCACUAAAACACACCAUACACACACACACACACACUACACACCACAGACAUUGAAGUGGCGGAAUAUGCUGGAGGUGCAGGAGGAGAGGACGACGACACCAGCAGCAGCCACGGCUACAGCGACGCACUUCGGCAAGAAGGAGAGGGAGCGCGCCCGCAAGGAGCGCGAGGAGGGGGGCAAGGACGGCCGCGCUGGUGGGGGAGGUGGAGGAGGAGGAGGAGGCGGUGGGGGAGGAGGAGGAGGUGGAGGAUUGGCUGGCCCCGGCGGAGGAGCGGGCCCCCGUAGUGGCAGGGCCAAGUCCACAGGCCUGGCAGCAGCAGCGGCGGCGGCGGCAGCAGCAGCAGCCCACGCGGCACACGGAGGCCACGGCACACACACGCACAGUCCGCACCAGCACUUAAGCCCGCCCAUCGUGGCCCUGGGAUCUCCGUCCAUGCAUUCCAGUAACGCCAAAGUGCGCAACUCCCCCACAGCCAACACACAGAGCCCCAAGCAGCCCAAGCAGGAGGUGAUGGUGCGCUCCCCUCCCGUCAUGUCCCCCUCGGGCGCCGCCGCCCAGCUGGACUCCAAGCUGCCCAAUCAGGGAAAGCAGGGCGGCGCCGGCGGCAACCAAUCGCAGCAGCCCUCGCCGUGCGACUCCAAGCCGCUGGGGGGCGCAGGGGGCUGCCACGCGCCCAAGGGAGGCCCUGGCGGAGCGGGUGGAGGAGGUGGAGGAGGAGGAGGAGGAGGGGGUCCGGGCUUGAAGAACGGCCAGGGCCUGAACGCAGGGUCCAAGGUGAAGUUAAAGAGGGAGCGCAGCACCUCGCUGGAGAGCUUCAACGAGCCGCGCGACGCCGGCACGCCCAACGCAGACGGGGAGCCGCGAGGGAAAGAAGGGAGUCGGGCGAAGCGCAUGUGUGUGUCGGAGCGGCGGCAGCCCUACAGCGGAGCAGACUGGUGCUCAGGCGGAGAGAGCGAUGAGGACGAACAGGGCUUCUACAACUGCACCCCGGGGGACAUGAAGCCCCAGGACCCCAGCUCCCACCCGGCCUCCAACCCGGCCCUCAGCCGCUCCUCCACGCCUUCCCACAAUGCCAUGGGCAGCCAGAGCCUCCCCAACGACCCCAAUGCCGGCCACAAACCCAAAAAGGUCUACGUGUUCACCACAGACAUGGCAAACAAAGCUGCAGACGCAGUAGUGACCGGACAUGCAGACAGCAUCAUCGCUUACCACAUGAAGAACAUCUCCAACAAGGGGGACAAGACACAUCUACUGUUGAACAAUCAGAGUGGGCCCCUGCGGAACGACGGGAAGCCCCAGCAAGGGCCUGGCAUGGGGCCCCAGGAUCAGAAGCCCCCGCAGCAGUCCCCCUUCCAGCAGUCCCAGCCCCCGGUAGGCCAGGGGCCCAAGGGUCCCGGUGGCCUCCCCCAGGACGGAGCUCCGUCGGCGGGCAUGGACUCCAAGAGCCUCCCCAGCAGCAGCCCCCGCAACCCCACCCCCCACGACAGGACGCCGGGCAGCCAGACCCCCUGUUCCCCAGGAGCCGGUCCGCAGGGCUUCCCCAACAUGGACGGCCCCAAGGGGAUGGACCCGAAGCUCCUGCCCCCGGACAUGAUGCCGGGCAUGGGGGAGAACUCGGGCUCCGAGGGGCUCUCCCAGGAGCAGCUGGAGCACCGGGCGCGCUCUCUGCAGACGCUGCGCGACAUCCAGCGCAUGCUGUUUCCCGACGACAAGGACAUGGGAGGCAUGGGCCAGGGCAACAUGCCGGGUGGGCCCCAGCCUCCCGGGCACCCCGGCAUGAUGGAAGGGGGGCCCAAGAAGAUGGAGCAGGGCCCACUGCAGGCCAUGAUGGCUCAGUCCCAGAGCCUGGGCAAGCCCGGAGGUCCUGGGGGUCGGCCGGAUGGGCCCCCCUUCGGCCCCGGAAUGCCCCGCGACAUGCCCUUCUCCCCAGACGAGCUGGGACCUAUGCCACCUGGCCCCAUGAACUCCCACCCCGGAGGGCCAGGGGGCGAGCAAGGGGACCACCUGACCCCCGAGCAGAUGGCAUGGCUCAAGCUCCAACAGGAGUUCUACGAGGAGAAGAAACGCAAGCAAGAGCAGAUGCACAGGUCCAUGGGAGAUCCCAUGAUGCUGCACGGUCCGCGGGGCCCCAUGAUGCGCGGCCCUCCCCCGCCCUACCAGAUGAACCCUGGCGAGGUGUGGGGGCCCGGCGGCCCCGAGCCCUUCCCCGACCAGAUGGGCAUGGGGCCCCGCGGCAUGCCUCCACACAUGCAGCGCAUGCCCUUCCCCGGCAUGAUGAACCCGGACAUGGACGGAGGCCCCAACCCCAUGGGGCCGCGGCCGGGCAUGAACUGGCCCGACGAGAUGGCCAAGAUGGGCGACGGCCGAGGGUUCCCGCCGGGACAGGGGAUGUUCCCGGGCCCCGGCGGACCCGGAGGCAGGGUGGAGAGGUUUCCCAACCCCCAGGCCGUUCAGGAGGCCAUGUUCCAACAAGGGAUGGCGGACAAAUCAGGAAUGGGAAUGCCGCCGGGAAUGAUGAUGGACCGGAUGAUGGGGCACCCCAGACCCGGGAUGGACCCCACCAACGGGCAGGGCGGCAUGUUUCCCAGGAUGCCCGGCGAGGGGCCCAUGAGCCCCGCCUCCCGCAUGGAGUUCAUGAAGAGCCUGGGCCGGGAGAUGGGCCCGGGGCCCGAGUUCGGCAUGGGUCCGGGGGGCCCCAUGGGUCCAGGCCCCAACCCCGGCAUGAUGGUGGGUAAGAUGGGACGCGAUGGGCCGCCCAUGAGCCUGAGCCCGGAGGAGAUGAUGAAGAUGAGGGGGGGCCCUCCAGGUCCCGACGGCAUGGGGCCCCAGCAGAAGAUGCUCCAGGGCCCGCCCUUUCAAGACCAGCCGGGAGACUUCAACAUGGGGCCCAACAGAGGCCCGUUCCCUGGCCAGCCUGGUCCGCAGGGCCCCGGUGGCAUGCGAGGUGUCAGGAUGCCCGGAGACAUGCCUUUCCCCCCCGACCAGCGGCCCAACUCUGGCCCCAACGGCGGCCGUCUGAGUCACAUGCCCCCGCACCCUCAAAACCAGCCACCCAACCAGGGCCAAGGCCCCGGCCCCAACUCCAUGCCCAACCAGCGGGGCAUGGGCCGCAAGCCGGCCGAGCUCAGCAUCCAGGCCGGCCAAGGAGUGCACUCCCCGGGCGGCAACCCCCUCAAGUCCCCCAUCAUGAGGCAAGUCCAGUCGCCCAUGCUCGGCUCCCCGUCGGGGGCCCUCAAGUCGCCCCAGACCCCCUCCCAGCUGGCCGGCAUGCUGCAGGGACCCUCCGCGUCGGCCGUGGCGGCGGCAGCGUCCAUCAAGUCUCCGACCAUGAUGGUGGGCUCGGCGGGGGCGUCCCCUGUCCACAUGAAGUCCCCCUCGCUUCCCGUGCCCUCGCCCGGCUGGACGUCCUCCCCCAAGCCCCCCAUGCAGAGCCCAGGGAUCCCCCAGAACAACAAGCAACUCAGCAUGACCUCUCCCAACAUGAUGAGCAAUGUAGAGCAAGGUGGCAACGGUCCUCCCUCGGGCGCUCCUCCCAGCUCCACGGCGGGGCCUAGCGGCGGCGGUGGCGGUGGUCCCCCGGGCGGCUCCAUGUCCCUGCCCCCCGGCGCCGGUCCCGGCAGUCUUCCGUCCAACAGCCCCUACGGCAUCCCGCCGGAGCCCACGCUGCCCCAGAAUCCCCUGUCCAUCAUGAUGUCGCGCAUGUCCAAGUUCGCCAUGCCCAGCUCCACGCCGCUCUACCACGACGCCAUCAAGACCGUGGCCAGCUCCGACGACGACUCACCGCCCGCACGCUCGCCCAACCUGCCCUCGCUCAACAACAACCCGCCAGGAAUGGGUCCCAACCACCACCAGGGCCACCCGCGCAUGAUGGUACCCAGUUCGGGCGGCCCCAUGCCAGCGCUGAGCCCCAUGGGCAUGAACACUAUGGGCUCCCAGCCCCUCAGCCACGGCAUGCCCAACCAGAUGCCCUCGCCCAACCCCAUGGGCCCCAACAUGGGCCCCCACCCCGGCGCCAUGGGUCCCGGCGGCAUGAUGGGGCCCCACGGCAUGAUGAUGCAGCCGGGCGGCCCCGAGCCUGGCAUGGGCAACAACCAGAUGGUACAAGGCAGGAUGGGCUUCCCCCAGCGCGGCCAGGGCUUCCCACCGGGCCAGUCCCCGCCUCACCAGGGCCCCUUCGCUCACAACGGCCCCGGCCCCCAGGGCCCCUUCCCCCACGGCAUGGGCUUCCAGGGCGACGGCGGCGGGCCCAUGGGCAGGAUGGGGGGUCCCAACAUGCCCCACCCGGGGCCCGGCGGAGACCCGGGCAUGUGCAAGCCCGGCGGACCCGACAACUUCGGCGGCAUGCCGGGGGUGUUCAACGACGCAGACCUGCAUGAGGUCAUUCGCCCAGGAGCCACCGGCAUCCCCGAGUUCGACCUGUCCCGCAUCAUCCCCUCGGAAAAGCCCAGCCAGACACUCUCCUACUUCCCCCGGGGGCCCGGAGGAGGUGGCGGAGGCGGGGAGGGUCCCGGUAAACCACCCCACCCCUCGGGUCCCGUCUUCCAGCAGAUGCAGGGGAUGAUGGGCGAGGGCAACCCCAGGAUGGGGAUCCCGAUGCAAGGCAUGGGAGGCCCGGGAGGCCCCGGCCACAUGGGGCCCCAGGACAUGGGCAUGGGCAACCCCGGACACAACCCCAUGCGGCCCCCGGGCUUCAUGAACCAAGGCAUGAUGGGACCUCAGCAUCGCAUGAUGUCGCCAGGACAGCCCGGCAUGCCGGGACAGCCGGGGAUGAUGGGAGGGCCCGGCAUGAUGCCGGGGAAAGAGCGGGGCCCAAUGUACAGUCACCCGGGCCCCGUGGGGUCCCCCAACAUGAUGAUGUCCUUACACGGCAUGGGGGGGCCCCAGCAGACUAUGAUGAUGUCCCCUCAAAUGAGGCCCAGAGGCAUGGGCUCCGAUAUGGGCAUGGGCUUUAACCCAGGGCCCGGGAUGUUCUAAGGCCCUAGCCUAGCCCUAAUAAUCGAACAGUGCACAGUGGAGCAUACGGACGACGGGAUGUUUCAGACUUUAAUAUCCACCAUGAUUUAAAACUUUUUUUUGGUUGGCUGUCACAGUGGAACCAGCAAAGAGGAUGUGGAAAUGGAGGUACCCCCUAAUGUUACUGCUUUUACCAGACGUGGUGGCGCAUAGCAUUUGGUUCUUUGGACAUGGAGGUGACCGUGUUUUUUGUGUGUGCUCGUAGUGAUGGCUGGUUUUUAGCCGUCAGUGCCAUGAGAGAAUACAGGAAGCAAAAUAGUUUUUUUCCUUCUUUUUUUCGGUUGUUGUUUUGUCUUUUACUUUUUUUUUUGUUCGUGGAAAAACUUCAGAAUGUACAGGACUAGCGUUCAAUAGCGCAAAACUGCGUAGGGUUUUUUCUUUUUGUAAAAUGUUUUUUGUCCCGACUUGGAACAUGAACUUUUGGCGUAAUAAAAACUGACACAAACUUAUGUCAUCAAAUAAAGGAUCAGGAGGUAGAGAUUGAAGAUAAAAACUUUUUUUCAAAUAAUAAGGAAAAAUACAACAAACAAAACAAAACAAAAAAACGCAAAAAAAUAUACAAAAUAAAUUCUCCUUACAAGGAUUUUUUGUAUCGUAAAAGGUUGAAUACGUAAGAAAAACACCACCGAGACACCAUCAAUCAAGACUUGAAAGGAACUUCAUUUUGUCAGCAAUUUUGUUUACGUCUCACUGAUCGAGAUGGCAUUUGUUGUUGCUUUGUGUCGUGUGUGUGUGUGUGUGUGUGUGUGUGUGUGUGUGUGUGUGUGUGUGUGUGUGCGUGUGUGUGCGCGUGUGCGCGCAUGUGCGUGUGUGUGUGCGAGCAUGUGUGUACGUGUGCGUGUGUGUGGUUGUAUACUAUCCUCACGUGUAAGGGAUUUCACCAGAGACUCUUCCUCUCGGUCUGGGGACCUGUGCAGUGGCAUAAUCGGGUGGCCUGACGGGGCUUAUCGCCAGGCCUUGGCUUGCUCCAUAAUGUCUGCCUUUUGGGGGUCCGCUCCAGACCAUUUUAAUUUUAUUUGUAUUAUUGUUGUGUUUUUUUUUUAUUUCCUUUGUAUCUCCAGUGUAUAAGAAAUCGACCUAUGACCUCAUACAGAUAAUAGUAUUAUUAAAAAAAAGCACAAACAUG